AUGUCAUUACCACGCACCCUCCUCCUACGGCCCUACCACCACCCCCUUCGCCUUCGCCCUCGCCCUCUCCCUCUCCCUCUCCCCCUCCUCCUCCGCAUCACCAUCCAGCCGCCCGCACACCUUCUGCAGCGCCGCCACCUCGCAGCAUCCCCGCCGCCUCCACCGCCAAGCAAGAAGCCGCAGCCGGACAAUGAAGAAGAGCCCUUCACAGAGCUCGACUCGACCCUCACGGGCAAAGAGAAAGAGAAAGAGCCCCCGCGCCUCGCCCGCCCCAUCGGGCUCGACCACCCGCCGCGCCCGGACGAGAACACGGGCAUCGACACGCGCACGUGGGCCGAGCGCCGCGACGACUUUCGGAAUUGGGAUAAGCAUUUGGAGAGGCGGGCUAAGAUGACAAAACAGAUCUUCAAGCCCUACUUCCGCGACUUCUCGCGCCUCUCCGCAACCCACAAGGGCAAGUCGUUCAUCGCCCCGCCCCUGCUCUUCCGCGCCGACAAGGCCCUCUUCUUCCCCAACCUCGUCGGGCGCACGCUGCAGCACCCCACCGACCCGCUACAGAGCACCACCGCCGCGCUGGAGGGGAAGGUCAGUGUCGUCAGCGUCUUCAGCAGCGCGUGGGCCGAGGCGCAGGUACGCACUUUCACCUCCAGCCUCGAAGAGGACGCCUGGGACAAGGAGGAGGAAGGGGGGUGUGUGCAGAGGGUUGACAUAAACGUCGAGACGAACCCGCUCAAGGCGUGGCUGGUGCGGGUGUUUGUGCCGCGGAUCCGCGCGGGCGUGGAGGAGCGGGGAUGGGGGAGGUAUUUUUUGGUGCAGAGGGGGCUGGAGGAGGAGGUGCGGGAGAGGAUGGCGUAUGUUAAUGAGAAGGUCGGGUAUGUGUAUCUUGUGGACUGGGACUGUCGGAUCCGGUGGGCGGGGUCGGGGCGGGCGGGGGAGGAGGAGAAGGCGGCGCUGCGGAGGGGGGUGGUGAAGUUGAGGGAGGACUGGAGGAGGUUGGAGGGGGAGAGGGAGGAGAGGAGGGUGGCGAGGGUGGAGGGGGAGAGGGUGGAGGGGGAGAGGAGGAGGGUGGCGGAGGAGAUGGAUGAGAUUUGA